AUGACGGCCGGCGCAUGGGAGAGAGAUCAGGUCGCGCGCCUGCAAGGCGAUCCUGACCAUGUUAACGCAGUUGCUCGCGAGAACAAGGCAGCGGCAUCAGAGAAGGAUUUCGCAGGCGAGACCACAAUCCAGGACAUCGAACUUGCGACAGGCCAGAAGAUGCCAUGGUACCGCAAGGUUACCCACGUCACAUCAAAGUUCAUGCGAUUCGUCGGUCCUGGUAUUUUGAUUUCCGUCGCAUAUAUUGAUCCUGAUAACUUUCAAUCCAAUGUUGCGGCCGGUGCCGAGUUCAAAUACAAGUUAUUGUUUAUGAUUCUUCUUGGAAAUGCUAUCUCAGCAUAUCUUCAGUCGAUGUCGAUCAAACUUGGCUCUGUUACCGGACUGGACCUGGCACAGAUGAACCGAGCUUCCCUACCUUUCUGGCUCAACGUUUCAUUGUGGCUUUUGGCUGAAGCUGCUAUUAUUUGCACAGACGUCGGAUCCGUCAUUGGUUUCGCAAUCGGUGUUCAUCUCUUGAAUCCAAGCAUCCCUCUACCUGCCGCUUGCGCAAUUUCGUUGGUGGAUACACUCUUGAUUCUCUUUUUCUACAGACCAUGGGGAGCUCUUAGGUGGUUGCGCGCAUUCGAGUUCUUCAUUGCAUCGAUUGUCUUCGCGACUGUUAUUUGCUUGAUCUACCUUCUUGCAUUGAUCGAUACUGAAGAAGCACCAGCCGGCCAGGUCUUCCUUGGAUUCCUGCCAUCCCGAACCGUCUUCGUUGGCGACGGUCUCCUAGAAAGUUGUGGCAUUAUUGGUGGUACGAUUAUGCCGCAUACCAUCUAUCUUGGUUCCUCCAUUGUCCAAGCUCGUCUCCGUGACUUCGACGUCAAAUCCAAGAACUAUACCCUUCCAGAAGACGCUGAUGAUAAAGAAGUUACGGUGAUUUACCGUCCUUCCCUCGCCGCCAUCAAGUCUUGCAUGAAAUACUCUAUUGCCGAACUCUGCUCUACUCUUCUCAUUAUCGCCAUCUUUGUCAACUCCGCAAUUCUCAUUGUUGCUGCCGCAUCCUUUGACGACGAUGAUGCAGAGGAAGCAGAUUUGUUCGCUCUUUACGAACUAUUUGCUGAAACUAUCUCUCCGGCCGCUGCAACUCUCUUCGCAUUGGGUCUCAUGCUCUCUUCUAUGGCUUGUAGUGUCGUCGCGACUAUGGCUGGUCAAAUGAUUCUUGAAGGUGCAAUGCAAUGGCAUAUCUCCCCAUUCGUUAGAAGACUUGCUACCCGUUGCAUCUCCAUCAUUCCUGCUAUCGCCAUCGCUGCCGCCGUCGGAAAGGAAGGUCUUGCAAAGACACUCUAUGCUUGCAAUAUUGUCCUUUCUGUAAACCUGAUUUUCACCUGUGCUCCGCUUCUGUGGUACGUCUGCAAGGACAAAUAUAUGACCGUCGCUGUCAAUGGGUCUACGACACAACCGCUUCCUACAGCUGGAAAGGAAAAGCGACGAGAAGAACAAGAAAGGGGUCAAGGACUUGAAUCCGUUUCCUUGGCAAACGGAUGGUUUGGAAUCGGAUUCGCGGCGCUCAUUUGGAUUUUACUUGUGUUCCUUAAUGUGGCAUCAUGGGUGCUGCUAGGAUUGGGUCAGAUUGAUGAUUUAUAA